AUGGACAAAAGGUCAAUAACUGCUAUUAUCAACCAUAACACAACUGAAUUCUCCUCCUCCGUUCUCCGUUCGCGUUUGUGCAAUUCGGAGCUGAAGAUCAACGACCGUUCAAAAGUUGCGUUGGAUCCGAUCGAAUCCGCAACCGAAUCGAGUUUGGGGAUCUGA